AUGGCGAUGCCAAAGAUUAUCGUGGCUGUCCUAGCUCUGGCAGCCGUAUCCCAAGCUUUUCUGCCACACCGCCAAGUGGUUCAAAGAACGCAAAGUAGUCCACGAUCCUUGAAAAUAAUGGCAUCGGCCACCACGACAGAGCUCGAAUCCUCCGUUUCCGAUCUGAAGAGAGUUUUGGAACGAGAGUACAUUAGCUUUUUCGAUCCCAUGGAACGAGACUACUACUCUCCCACGGUCAGUUUUGAAGAUCCCAUGACAGCUCUAGCGGGAGUGGAUGCCUAUCAAAACAAUGUCGACAUGUUGGCUUCGAGAACGCUCAUGGGCAAGUUACUGUUUCAAGAUGCCGGAAUCGUCCUGCAUUCCGUGGAAGGAGGGGAAAUUUCCCAAGGAACCAAAAUUGACGAUAUCAUUACCCGAUGGACCCUGCGAGUGACGGCCAAAGUGCUGCCCUGGAGUCCCACGGCCCGGUUCAGUGGAGUCUCCGUCUAUCAAGUCGUACCGGGUGGUCCCAAGGGGGUCAUGGUGGAGCAUCAAACCGACUAUUGGGAUUCCAUCAAUAUCCAACCAGGUACCACAGGAGACUACCAAAAAGUCGACAAGAGCGUUGCCGUGAAAGAUUUCCUCAAUCAGCUCAAACCGGAAAAUGCCAUUGCUCCUCCAUCGGCCCCGGAACUACCCUAUCAACUGUUGCGAAGAGGGAAUGGCUAUGAAGUGAGACAGUAUCCGAGCUAUUCCAGUGUCAAAAUGUCAUAUGAACGACGUGAUUUGGCAUUUGAAGCUAUGGGAUCGUUUACCCGUGGAAUGACGGCACUGGCACCCGCCAUCAUGUCUGUGGAGGAUGACUCUUCCAAAUCCAUGACUUGGCCUUUGGAAUAUGCGCCUCCUGGCCAAAGCAGUCCGCCAGAAGUUACAAAGGCCGUGGAGAGAGCAGAGGACCCGCGCUUUCAAGCCAUGAACUGUCAAGUAGAAACGUUCCCCAGUCAAGUCAUUGCUGUAGGAUCGUUCUCCGAUGCCAUUUUGGAACCCGUGGUACGAAAAGCCGAUCGGCUGUUACGAGAAGCUCUCGACCGAGAUGGCCUUCGGGUAGAGCCAGGCACGGAUUCAAGGGUCACGUUUGCCCAAUAUGAUGCGGUCUACAGUAUGGGGAAGAGGCGUGGUGAGGUGUGGAUUCCUCUCAAGGAUGGCGGACAUCCUUGGUAA